UGGCUCGCUCGGUGCUGAAGUUGGGCGGAUGGACGGAAAACACCGCUGAUGGAGAUAAAACGGCAGCAUGCAAUCUCAACACCCGAUACCCCUUAUAUCCAAAUAAACAGCUGUAGCGGCACCCUUUUAGAAGACUGACACCCGAGACAAAAGGGAUGUCUUAUCCUGGAUCAUUUUGCCCUUGACUCAAGAAGAGGGUUUACCUGCAAAUACCAGGUGUUUGAAACCUACCUCCACCCACCCACUGUGUUCUUCAUCAGGCAUGGUUAGAGAAGAUACAAGAGGACACAAUUUGUAUUCCAGCACUCUGUCGAUCGCAACUUUUGACAUUACGUCAUGAUUUUCUUACCUGAUCUCCGGUUGGAUAGCUGCUAAUUUGCAUGCCUCAAAGUGUGAGUGGAGUUGAAAUGAGGAAAAGGCAGCAGGGACGCAUUGAAGGACCCCCGCAGGCGCCUGGUCACCCGAGGCCUAAUACCUGCUGUCUGUGCUGGUGUGGAUGCUGCAAGUGCCUCUGGAAUGAAGACCGGCGAGAACGUUCAGAAAGGCAAACAUGUACAAAGAUGGAUAGCAUAGAGGCAACAGAGGAACAGCAUCCCACACUGGACGAGGUGAUCGCCUGGUCCCGGAGCUUUGAGAUGAUGAUGCGCUCUCCAGAGGGGAGGGAUGUUUUCAGGGAGUUCCUGCGGUCUGAGUACAGUGAGGAGAACCUGCUGUUCUGGAUUGCUUGCGAGGAAAUGAAGAAGGAGACCAACCCAUCAGCUAUUGAUGAAAAAGCCAGGAUCAUUUAUGAGGACUAUGUUUCUAUUCUAUCACCUAAAGAGGUCAGUUUGGAUUCACGGGUGAGGGAAGGCAUCAACCAAAACCUGGCGGAGCCCAGCAGUAUGAUGUAUGAGGAGGCUCAGCUCCAGAUCUACACCCUCAUGCACAGAGACUCCUUCCCUCGAUUCCUCAACUCAUCUGUUUACAGGGAUCUUCUCAACACCAAGAGAACCUGCUUAGACACCUAGGUUUCAGCAAAUACACUUGAGACAAAAAAAAGCCCCAAGGUGCCACUUUUUCAAAAGGUGUGAUGUUUCUUAUUUCGAGAGCGAGUAGUUAAGCAAUUCUGAGCAUCCACUAGUGACCCUGUUCAGUUGUGUUUAAGUGCCAAUAUGAGCUGCUCAGGCAACUGUGACAGAAAAACAUGUCGGAAAAACCGGACAGAUCCAUAGUUUUCAUAUUCACCCGCUUUGUCAAACCUCUCUUUUCCCUCUUCCAGUUUACCUCACUGUCAGCUGUUUUCUUUCCUUUUCUCCUGAUCCUUUCCGUCUUUUAGAUGUCUGAGGACAGCUGUUUUCAAAAGCGAUAGAUGUUGAGCUAGACAACAUGAUCUUUGCAUGAUACAAGGUUAUGGAAUUUACUCCAGUUUGACAAUUAAGCCUGGACUACAAUGUUUUUUUAAUUAAAAAAGGUGUUUUUUAUGCUGUCACGAGGAGAGAACAUUGUAAAGCUCUCGCAAGCGAAGGGAAUUUUAGCUGUGCCAAUUGUUUUUUAAGCAGAAGCUGGGAAGCGCAAUCGCCGUCUUGCCGUACAAACUCUUUUCGCGUGUCGACAGUUGUUUAACUGGGGAACAUAAGGGCUAGCUAGUGUUGUGAUUGGGCAGCUAAAUGAAUCAUGAACAUUUCUUUCUCACUGCAAAAAUCACAAUGCCUCGACACUGAAUAAGUGCAUAAAAGCUGCUGACGCUGGUGACAACACGGUUUAUUGUGUAAGUCGUCCUGGCCCUCCCAGUCCAUCACUAACCGAGAGAAGCACAGGUACUUUAGGUCAUGGGCUGUAAGCUUCGCUGGAUUGAAAGAAUAACUCACCCACCUUCUGGAGGUUUUCAAAACAACUUAGAAUUGUCUUUCACAUUAAAGAAAUGUAUUUUAUUAAACAAAAGUGUAGUGAACACUUUGCCUUGUUUUUGAGCGUGACACAGUAGAUCUAUUUCAAAUAAAUAGCUGAGACUGCUCGGAUGUUUUUUCUCAGAGGUGGCGUUACGGAAGAUUAAGUGAGAUGCGGUGUGAAAGGUCUUUUUGGACCGAUUUGAGGGCCUGCCAAUCGAAACGAACGCCCACCUUUGUUUUAAUGCUGAAAUACUUAUUUAUCAAACCAAGAAAAGUCAAUCUUUUUGUAAUACUUUUUCCAGCAUGCGUUUAUUUUGUUGUGUCAUGUACACAUUGCAAUACUCAACCCGAAGGAUGUGAACCACCGCGGGUAGCGUCACGUUGAAGAGACUGAAGAUGAUUUUCCUUUAGAGGUUUAAACUUGCGACCCUAAGACGGUUUCUUCAGCUCCGUGUCGUUGGAUUCAACCUUGAAUGUUGCUGUUCAAUUUUCUAGAAAUGUAUGUGCUAUUGCAGUUGCAGCAGCCAGUGCAUGAAAACACAGUAUCUAAAAAAAUACCAGUGUUAAACCACUUUCUCACCUUUUAGCUGAGUAGUUCAAGAGUGAAUUGCAUUUAAACAGACGUUUUUGGUCACCGUACCCAACCUGAAAAUGUCACUUUCUCUGACUUAUUGUGCCAAUGAAUGAACCAAGGUUUCUUUAGUAAAUAAUGAUCAAGUUGGUUUGUUGUUGGGUUUUCUUAUAUUGGUGCUCUGACAGUUAAGUGCCAUUCACUCUGGAGGUUUACCAGAUUCAAAUGAAGACCUUUGAUCACUUUGCCAAGUGCAUAAAUAUCCUUCUUUAAAAUAUUUGUGUAUUUGAGCAUCAGCCAAUGUGAGUAGGUCCUCAGUUUAUGUUGUUUUAUGAAGACAUACAACCUAGUAGUUUACACACACACACUGAAGCAGCGAACCAUCAUGGGACGUUUGGUUUUCCCAUAUUUCUAAAAGAAAGUUAUUGAAUUUUCUUGUUUGUUUUAAAGGCAAAAACAUUGUCAUUAAAGAAAUGAGCAAUAAAUCAAAAUUGUCUUGCUCCACAGAACGACACUGCAUGUCAUUUCGUGAAGUGUUUAACUAUUUUUGAGGGGGGAUCAGAGCUUGACACAACUGACAAAUAACAAGUAGCAUGUUGUUGAAAAUUUCAUGAUAGGUGUCGAUGACAAUUAAUGCGCAUUUUUAUGAAAUGACUGUAUCAAUCAGAACAUGAAACAAUCCAACAUGUGAAACCAUUGAACUGAGUAAAGAUUCAGUUGAAAUUUAGAUAAUCAUAAUGUGUUCGAUUCAGUCACAAGAAAAAUGUGAUACAAAGAGGUAUCUUCAAUCAAAGUCCUUUCUCAAAUAUUUGAUGCCAUGAAAUCAGCAACUUUCUACAGGCAGUUAUCAGUAGUAUUUGAUUAAUGUACAUAUCAUAAAAACAAAAAGUGGUAAAUGUGUCCCAUUUUUUGCAGUUGAAGAUGAAGGCUGAGCUACUGCCACAUCAGUGUUUAUUUUGUAAACAACCUAAAAUGCCAUUACAUGUAUGAUUCAAAGUCCUGCAAAUGACAACAAUUCUGACAUUAUUACCCACAUGAUUGGAUUAUUAUACAGCAUUAAGCAAGAAAAUAUUAAAGUUUGUGCCAUUUAGAAAGAGCCAUCAUUGAGAGUAGUUAUCUGUUUUGACUAAAGCAUCUUUAUGUCAUUUUUGCUGCUAAUGUUCUGAUUUUAAUGGGUAAAGGAGUUUUCACAUGACGGCUGUCGUAAAGAUCCUCUAACAGCUCUUUUUAAUGUAUUUUUCAGCAUGGUUUGACUUGGAAAAAACACACUUUCUUGCCAAAAGGCUUCUUUUGUAAGAAAAUGAAGUGAAGCCUGUGUUAUGUGAUUCUAGGAGUGUUGUCUCUUUUAAAGCCUUUUCAUUGGUUUUCACUACCUCUCCUGAUGCUUGGUUUUUCUCAUCCAGCUGUUAAUGUUUAAUGUUGUUUAUUUUGAUAUACUUGAAGCCUAGUACUGUAAAUGAGGUGUAGUGAGGGUUUAUGAGGAGUAGCAAUUUCUUUGUUUGUUUGUUGAAUUCUUUUCAGCAUAGUUAUGAUUAUACACACACAAAGAAUUCAGGAAACAUCAUAUUCAAGGGCUAAUCCCAUAUUGCCUAUGCAAAUAUCCUAAUUGUCAUAUUGGAGUCGUGGGUGACUGAGGAAUGUUUUCCUGAAACUGGGUGGAACACUGGUUUACAUUUGUCCAUUUCUGUUAUUUCUUAGUCGCUAUAUAUUUAAAAUCCUUCUUGAUGAAAAAGCUACUCGAUUAAGAUUGAAAUAAAUUUGUGUUGUGUCUACUGUGGGUGCGUUUUGACAUCUUGACAGGUUGACGGUUGACUGUAGAUGGAAAUGCAUACAGAAUGUAAGGUUCUGUUCGUGCUGAUUUAUCUUUGAGUGAUGGCAAACUUGGAACAGGUGACAUAAUUGAAUGAUUGGUGAAUGAAGCGAGUGUUUAUUCUUGUUUUUAAGGGUGCUUCAGUCCUUUUUAGGAAAGAUUGAAGGGCUACUUUGGGCACUUGGGAUAUGCUUUCCAAGAACAAGAAUAUCUACCUCUUGGUUCUCUUCAUUCCAUUAGCGUGAUAUAGAUGAUAUAGCUUUGACAAAGAAGUAGCUUACGCACAUCUUGAUUUGUUUUAGACUCUAAGUAAAGAGCCACAGAGGUGAACGAGGAAGCAAACAGAUUUUUAGCGAAUUCUUCGUUUUUUGGCUUUAACCUUUGUUCGGUUGUGCCCAAUCAAAGACACAGUUUCUGUGAAAGAACCUAGUAAGGACAUAAAGAUUUUGACCCCUCCCUUAACAACAUUCGUUUAUUUCAAUGUCAGCUACAACACUUUUGUAACUUGCAUGUGCUUACAUUAUGUAAUUUAAAGAUAAAAGCUGUAAUUGUGACAGAUAUGUUUACGGCUCUCAGUAGCACUAUUACAUUAAACAAAUAUGAAACAAAUAUGAUUAUUCAUAAGACAUAAUUUGAUUUGUUCAGUCAUGUAGAGUAAUGUGAAUUUUAGUGACACCGUUGCGAUGAUCCCCAAGAUUUAGGAAUAUUGGAGCAAGGAGAAAGGCUUCAUGUAUUUUUUUUUUCAAUUUUAUACGUUACUGUUUUUCUUUAAUUUGUCAAGUCCCUUUCACCGUAACAUUAAAGACACAAGGACAGCGAUCAGGUAACAGUUUUAAUUCUUCACUGAAUUUAAUCAUGCACAUUUUUCUAGAUGGAUUAGUUUAUCAAGUUUCCAAUGGUGUGCGAUGAUUUGGCCUAUUGAAUUAUCUGUAGGAUUGUUGGGUUUACCAUGAUGAAAUUUGAUAACAUAACGUAGUAUUGUUGUGCCAAUACAGCAAACAACAUACUUGUCUCAUCAGAGCUGUUUGUUUAAUAAUAAUAAAAAAACCUAAAGAGAAUAAGCAUUUGGACGACAUUGAAGAGACAAAAGUUUAGACAACUGGAUACAUAUUCGGUGAGAAUUGUGAAGUUCUGUUAGAAUGUGAUGAAGAAUUAUUACAAUUUUAAGGCAGUGAACUCCCUCAUCACAGUUUAUCACAGUCACCCUAAAGUGCCUUGAAUGUUUAGGCCAUGAGCUAUAAUUUCUGUUUUAAGUGUGAAAUGAUAGCGUUUUAACCUUUCAUUGUCCUCUGCAAAAAAUAGAAUAUCACUCUUGUUUUUCAACAUCAUGAUCACAAUGGCGUUCUAUAUUCUGUGGUGCUUAUUAUAUGUCACAUUAUGAAAUCUCAAAACUUUUUUAUUCCCAGUGUCAGCUCAUAAUCUGUAGAUUUUGUAUCUUUGCCCUAGGAUACAGACUUUGUUUUAUCCUUGUAUCAGACACAGGUCAAGUCUUCACUGAAGGCAUUCUUUAGAGCUGUGUCCUGAUCUCCUCAUUAAUGUUGAUUUAUAAAUCAUCUAUUUUAAUAGAAAAUAUGAAAAUAAUGAUCUAGUAUUCACAUUUCUGUUGUUUUUUAAGUCCAGAGGACAAAAUAUAAAUUAAUGUAAAUUGUAACUCAUAGAAGUACAUAUAAUUUUUAUAUUUGGCAUGCUUUUGCUGCUCAAAAUAGAUUAUUUAACACAAUACUAUAGUAUAUGAAGAAGUUCUGCGAUCUGCAGACGGUAUCAUUUAAUCUUUUGGAGUAGCUUUUGAAAGUGAUAAAAAAAUAACAAUUUCUAUUACAGAUGAUCACAUUUAAAUCAGUUCUUUGUGCAACUUUGAUGGGAAUCACCUGAUAGUAAUAAAAUUAGGUUACUUUAAGGUGAAGUAGAUUAGCUGAAGAGCAGCAGUACUGAUGUACAAGUUUAUUAAUACCUAACCUGCGAGGAUGGUUAAUUUCAGACCACAUGUACUCCUGCAUGAACAAUAUUAAAAGAGAGAAAACAUGUACUUGUAGACAUCAAAUAAAGUGACUUAAAAUA